AUGAAGUCGUCAAUUACUCUUACAGCGCUCGCCUUGACCGGCUCCGUUAUCGCUGAUGAUGCCCUCUACAGCAAGCGAUUGACCAAGCGCUUCGUCGACGAUGACGGAAAUUACAACAUUUCCUUCUUCCAUGUCAAUGAUGUCCACGCCCAUCUCGACGAAUUCGCAAAGUCAGGCACAGACUGCGUCGACCCCAAGAAGGGCUGCUUCGGCGGCUAUGCGCGCAUCAAGCACACAGUCGAUGCUCUGCGAAAGGACCACCCGGACAACCUGUGGCUGAACGCCGGCGACGAGUUCCAAGGCACACUGUUCUACUCCUUCUACGGACCCUCUAAGAUCGCAGAGACCCUGAAUGAGCUCGACUUUGAUGCCAUGACGCUCGGAAACCACGAGUGGGAUGGCGGUGAUGAGGAGCUUGGCGAGUUUUUGCAGAACCUGACUUUCCCAGUCAUUUCCUGCAAUGUCAAGAGCGAGUACGAGGGACUGAACAAGACCAUCAAGAACUAUCAGAUCUUUGAGGAUCAUGAUUUGGCGGUUAUUGGUGUGACUACUGAUACUACGCCUGGAAUCUCCAGCGUUGGAAACAAGACUACUUUCCUGGACCCCAUCACUGAGGUGCAGAAGGCUGUCUGGGAAAUUCGCAACAAGACCGAGAUCAACCGCAUUGUUGCGCUUACUCACCUUGGUAUUGAUGUGGACAAGGAGCUUGCUGCCAAGACCGAGGGUCUUUCUCUCAUCAUCGGAGGCCACAGCCAUACUCCUCUUGGCAACAUGAGCAACUCUGAGGGCGAUUAUCCCACAGUAGUUGACAACGUCAAGGGUGAUGAAGUUUUCAUUGUCACUGCUUAUCGAUGGGGCGAGUAUCUCGGUUCUAUUGAUCUGACAUUUGACAAGGAUGGAAAGCCUCUUGCCUACCACGGUGCUCCUAUCCACAUGACCAACCAGACCGACAUUGACGAGGAUCUUCAGAAGAAGAUUGAGUCUUGGAGAGGUCCCUUCGAGGAGUUCGCCGCUGAAGUAGUUGGAUACACAAGCGAAGAGCUCGACCAGACCACAUGCCAGGAUGGAGACUGUCUCCUCGGACAAGUCAUGGCUGACGCUAUGCUCGAGUACCGUCUCAACCAAAGCACCUCCGACGACGACAAGCCCAGCUUCGCCUUCAUCAACGCCGGCGGAGUCCGUGCUACCAUCGACGAGGGCAACAUCACUCGCGGCGAAGUCCUAACAUCUUUCCCAUUCGGUAACGCUAUCGUUGAGCUCACUUUUACCGGUUCCCAGAUCAAGGGUAUUUUCGAGGGUGCUGUAACAGGCAUGAACCAGGACAACGACAAGGAAAUCACCUCGUGGUUCCAGGUUUCCAAGGGCCUCAAGGUCGAGUACAACCCCGACAACAAGAACGGCUCUAAGCUGGUCAACUUGACGCUCGACGGUGAAUCUUUCGAGGACAAGACCGAGUACCGCGUUGUCACUCUUGACUUCUUGGCUGGUGGCGGUGAUAACUUUUUCAGCAUCGAGGACAAGAACGCCGCUACUCUUGACACCCAAGAUGAGGUACUUAUCGGUUAUUUCGAUGCGCACAACCCUCUUAACCCCAAGUUGGAGAAGCGUGUUGUCGAGACAAAUGGAACUAGCAGCGAGGAUUCUGAUUCGGAAGAGGCCAAGGGCAAGGGAGGUGACGGAAGCUCAGAAGAAACUGUCGAGAAUGCUGCUAGCGGUAUGCGAGUUUCGCUCUUUGCUGCUAUGUUUGGUGUUGCGAUCACUAUGUUGAUGAUGUAA